CCCUUUUUUCCUUGUUGCCCACACAGUUCCAAUCCAACGGCAGGUCCAAUGCCUGCUACUCGUGCAACCAGGGUGAGUGUCUCUCUCUCCAUCUCUGAGCGUCAUUGCCUGCGCCUCCAUCUCGUGUGUGAACCAGGAGGCGCGGGCGGCUUUGGAACUUUCUUUGUGCUUGUCGGCGGCGUGGCUGACAAGGACCCUUCUGCUCUUGGGGAUGUUUUGAUCAGAGGGACACAGGGCUGCCGACUGCCCGAAUGGCCCCAGCAGCGCUGGGCCUACCUGGUGAGUUCCAUUUGAACUUUGCGGCCACGAGAGGUGAGCUGACAUAUGCCUUAC